AUGUCAACAUUAUCCUCCCCUCGCCCCUCCAUUGCCUCCUCGAGAGCUCAUUCUCCGACUCCAGCCUCCUCUCGCCCAUCGCUCGAUGCGCUAAAUACUAAUGUCGCCGGUGGGCUGAGCGCCUCCUCCACCCCGUCCACCACCCGAGCCAUCUCCCCCAUUCCCCGGCGCAACCGCUCUGCACUACGGGAUUACUACAAUCUCAAGCCACCGGGUGCGGAGACAAGUAGCUCUGGAGGAGCGUACAGAUCCCGCAGCGUUCCGCGAAAUACCGAUGCGGGCGAUAUAUCCAACCCCUCGACCCUGGCCUCAGGGACGGAACUAGACAAUGCAGACUUCGAACCGCAGCGUUAUGUCGACCACCUCCUAUCCACUUCCUCGCUCUCUACGAUUUUGAAAGCCGAGAACACCUUGGUGGGAGACAUUCGGACCUUGGAUGGAGAACGCAAGGCUCUUGUCUACGACAAUUACUCCAAAUUAAUCCGUGCUGUGGAGACGAUUGGCAAGAUGCGAAAAAGUAUGGAUGAGCGAGGUGCUCCUUUGACUAUGACCAAGACUCUGGGACCGGCAAUUGCGUUUGUUGCUGAGACUGCAAGUAGUCUAAUCAAAGAGGGCGAGGAACAGCGACGGCAGAUGAAGGAAGAACGCGAGGCCGAGUCGGGAUCGAAUACCAAAGUCACAGAGAAGGAGACUGUGAGAUGGGUGCUUGGUACGCCAGAUCGCCUUCAAGCCCUUUUGGCGGAAGAGAAACAAGAAGAGGCUGAGAAGGACUGGAAAGAGAUUCAGCAGCUGCUGGAUGCUUGGGGCCAGGUGAAGGGCGUUGCUGAGAUUCGGGAAACCUGCGAGAAAGUCAUGGACAAUGCAAACCAGGGUGAUUGA